GAUUAGGGCCAGUAUCUCAUGAAGGCUGUGGAGUUUCCUGUGAAAGAAAAAAAAAAUCCCAGUGUGUCUUAUUAAACACACAGUUCAUGAAGAGUGAAUGGAGCUUUAAUGUACAUGUAUCUUUUUCAUAUUACUUCACGUACUGGAUGCUUUUUUUCUGGACAAGAUUCAAACAUCUGGAUUUUAUAUAGUCCGACUGCUGUUGGUAAAGUUUUCAUUUUCUCGCGAUGUCCCGUGUCUCGGACCCGUUACCGAAAGCACGCCAGGAAAAAAUGAAAGACAUUAAUGUAAAGAACAAAGAGAAAGAGCGGAAGGCACGGGAGAAGGAGACAAAGGAGCGUGAGUCACGUUACAGCAAUGGUCACCUGUUCACCUCCCUCAGUGUUUCUGCCACCACACUCUGCUCUGCAUGCAACAAGAGCAUCACUGCAAAAGAAGCCCUCAGCUGCCCCACUUGCAAUGUGACCAUUCACAACCGCUGCCGUGACACACUGGCCAACUGCGCCAAAAUGAAACAGAAGCAACAGAGGCUGGCUCUGGUCAGGAACGCCGCAACUUUACAUAAUGUGGCCCUCCGAAGCAAAAAUCCAAUAUUAAAGGAGAGGCCGAGUUCAGCCAUUUACCCAUCAGAGACGUUGAGACAGUCUUUUCUCGGUUCCCGCAAAGGACGCUCUACGCUGUCCCUCAACAAGAGCGUCUCCACCAAUAACAUUGCAGGAGGUCUGAAUGAUGAUUCUCCUGUCGGACUGAGACGAAUUCUGUCUCACUCCACAGACUCUCUGAACUUCAGGAACAGAGCCAUGUCCAUGGAAUCCCUCAAUGAUGAAGGAGAAAUGUAUUAUGCAUCAAUGUUGGAGGAGCUGGAAAAAGAUGGGAAGGAUUUUGAGGCAGAUUCUUGGAGUCUGGCUGUGGACUCAUCUUAUCUACAGUCUCAACGCAAAGACGUCAUCAAGAGACAAGACGUCAUAUAUGAGCUGAUUCAGACAGAGUUCAACCAUGUGCGUACGCUGCGGAUCAUGGAGGGGGUGUUUCGCAGAGGAAUGCUGGAAGAGGUGUUGAUGGAGAUGGGUGUAGUUCACGCCAUCUUUCCCUGCUUAGAUCAGCUGCUGUCUAUUCACUCAAAUUUCCUGAGCCAACUACUGCAGAGAAGAAACAAUAGUCUGGCUCCCAGCAGCACCCGCAACUUCACCAUCCAAAAGCUUGGAGAUAUACUGGUGGAGCAGUUCUCAGGUCAAAAUGCAGAAGACAUGAGGAAAUGCUACGUUGAAUUCUGCAGUCGGCACUUGAAGGCUGUAAAACUCUAUAAGGAGCUGUUGGCCCGUGACAAGAGGUUCCAGCAGUUCAUACGGCGGGUAAGCAGGGGUUCCUUACUGCGCCGCCAUGGUGUCCAAGAAUGCAUCUUGCUCGUCACUCAACGCAUCACUAAAUACCCUGUGCUCAUCAAGCGUAUUCUAGACAACACUAAAGGUAGUGAAGAAGAGAGUAAGUCUCUGGCUGACUCACUGACGCUGAUCCGGGAGCUGCUAUGUUCCGUGGAUCAACAGGUUCAAGAGUUAGAGCGAGCACAGCGUUUGCAGGAGAUCCAAUCCCGUCUGGACCCACGAGCUGAGACGAAAGUUAAAGGUGGAGGAGUGUUUGGUGGAGGAGAGCUGCUGCGCCGUAGACUCAUCCAUGAGGGAGCACUGCUGUGGAAGACUGCUCAAGGUUCCAGACUCAAAGAUGUGCACGUUUUGUUAAUGACAGACAUCCUGGUGUUCAUGCAAGAAAAAGACCAAAAGUAUAUUUUUCCCUGUCUGGACAAACCGGCAGUACUGUGCCUUCAGAAUUUGAUUGUGAGAGAUAUAGCCAAUCAGGAGCGAGGAAUGUUCCUCAUCAGUCACUCCACACCUCCAGAGAUGUACGAGCUGCAUGCCGCCUCCAAAGAGGGCAGAAACACUUGGAUGAAGCUCGUUCAGCAGACAGUGAGCAACUGUCCAUCAAGAGAGGAUUUCCCUCUGAUUGAAACUGAGGACAAAGCUUUGCUACGACGAUUAAGAGCUGAUAUCCAGCAGAAGGAUCGUGAAGUUUUGGAGCUGUUACAGGAGCGUGUGACAUUGUUCUCUGAUUUGGUCGAGGCCACUGGAGGUCAGAAUGUUAACGUUCCCACAAACUCCAGAAAUAUAUUCAGAGCAGAUACGCCCUAUGCUCCCCAGGCGGAAAAGCUACUGAGUGACGCCAUUGUUGAGGUGGACAGACUCAGUGAAGUGCUGUUGGGUUCCUGCACUGAGCGUCCACAGUCUUGCAGAUUGAAUGGUGAAUCAACAGAUGUACAGUUCACCUCUAAAACAACAGAUAAAGGAACAAUAUCAGUUAACGGGACCCAUGACAUAAACAGUCCAUCUAACAAGGACAGGAAUGGGAAUCAGCUGCAGGACAAGAUGUUAAAUGAGGAGGUGUUACAAAGACUUGUGAACCUCAGCACUCAGCUUCAUGCACUACAGGCUGCAGUGAUCAAGCAGGACUCAUUCCUAGAGUUGUACAUGCAGAAGGACUUGUGUCCCACUACAACAGCUCAUGCUGUACCACGUGAUGCUCUGCCGGAGUCAGGUGGUCCUGCGGGUACUCAAGAAGAUCUGGCAGAGCUACAGCGCAAAUACAACCUGCUCCAAGGGGAAGUGAUCCGACUACGGGCCACCCAGGACAAGACGGGUGAUAGAGCACCAAAUAAGUUGGAAAAACAACUCCAAGAGCUGCGGCUUAAAGACACGAAAGACACACGUGACACGUUGAUCUCACAGGAAACAGUGGCUCAGGUAGAUGGCAUGCAAGAGACAGUGACAGCUGACAGUCCCAGAGAUCUGCAGGAUAUUCCAGAGGAGAGUGAGUGUGGGACUGAAACUCACAGUUAACAUCAGUUCAACUGGAAGAUCCUACCUGAACCUCCUCCAAAACUCUAAAAACUCACCUCAUCAGUCAGUUAUGACUCAAGGCCUGUUCACACCACGCCAAAUACGGAAAAAUCCGUUGUGGUUAAAAUUAGUUUGAAUAAACUGCUGUUAAUGCAUCUGACACUAACAUUUACAUGCUGGCGAUGUGACACAUAUUUUUUUUACGAAUAGGGAAUGUAAUUCUCUACUAGUAAGUAAAUCUUACUGCAAAUGAUGCUGGCCAAUUAGCGAUUUGCACUUUUGGUCGCUUGCACAGAGUCAUUGCUGUUACAUAAAACAAUGACUCGGUGGCGCUCAUGAACAGUCUGUUUUACUAAACAACAGUGAAAAGCAGAAGAAGAAGUCAGAAUCUUUUCUCUGUCUCUGUUUUCUUGUAUUUGGUGUUUUUAUUGAACACCAUAGCGAGGGCUGUUUGAAAACAUGUAAAUACUGUCAAUCUGAUUUCUUCUCUGUGAAAAAACGGGUGUCCCAAAUGGCACAACACUGUGUGUACUUGAGCAACCAGGGUAUUUCUGCUUUUUCUAUUAGCGUCGUCUUCUCUCAGAGAGCGAUUUUUGCAUCUUCGUUGAUUUGAAUAGACAAAAUGCAAAAAUGUAACCAAAUUUGUGUUGGUGUGAACAGGCCUUUACUCUGUAGAGAAUAAUGUUGUUGCAUUUUAUAUUAAACAUAGUAUAGAACAAUUAAGCCUUUUUUCAAGAUUUUCAAUGUUUUUGCAAACAUUGUCUACAUUUUACAGUGGUGUUAUUUAAAAGGAUAAUGAUGUGUUUCUUUGAAUGAAAAGACUAAAUACCGAGUUGGAACCGAAGGAAACUUUAGAGGAUAUUCUGCGCUUGUGCCGACUUCCAGUUUUAAUAUAUCGAAUGUCAAUUUUAGCUGUAUAAUUGUCCAUUGUUAUAUUAUUGGAAGGUUGUGUCAUUAGACAUGCUUUUCUUCUGCUGAAAAGAAGUGAUAUUAUAGUAAAAAUGAAAUGUAGCACAUUGAAUGCCCUGCUUAUUUGGCAGCAGCUUGAAAAAGACUUUGAAUGCAGUUAUAACUACAGUUUACCUCCUAUAAAUGGUAAUAAAUGUUAUGAACAGUGGAGGCUUUCUCUUGUACUGGUAAAAAAAAAAAAAGAUAUUAAUGUUGAUACUGAUAAUGAAAUGACGUGGAAAAAAGAUUGUAAAUUCUGGCCACUUGAAAUCACACUAAAGCUUUGUUUAAUGUUACACUGUUGAUAUUGUGUAUGUAUAAAUGUUUGAAUGUUCAAGGAAGAACAGCACCCUUUAAACAUAGCUGUUAAAUCAUUGUUUAUAUAUUGCAUUUUUUAUUCAUUGUUCAUUGUACUGUGUGUUUAAAUAUAUUCCUGUAAUCAUGUAUUCUGUCACUUUGCUUUGCAUCUAUAUAAAUGCAUUGAUAACCAGUUUACCUAAUUUCU